CCUGCCUCUUCCCUUAGUUAUCCUCCACUUUGUUGUUGAGCUUGUUCUUCAAAUAUCAUUUUUUAAGGAAAACUAUCCUGGCCCUGAAGACUUGCAGCGCUUGGAAUUCUCCUUAGUCCUUGUCAGGGUGUGCAGUUAUUUGUAUAAUUUUUGUUUAAUGUGCAACUUAAUAUGGACUGGGGUUCUUGAAGGCAGGGACUAUGGCUGCUUGGCUCUCACUCAUAUAUCUCCCACAUCUGCACAGUGCAGGCUCAUAGUGGGCUGUGAUAAAUAGUUGUUUAAAGAAUGAAUGUAGAGCAGGCCUGGGUAAGUUUCGGGUGGUUUCGAUUUUCAGUGUCACCAGCAGAGAGGGAGAGGGAUGUUGGGUGGGCCAUUUGAGGAGGGCAGUGAGUGGUCCCUGUGCAGAGUGUGCCCAGUGACAAUGCACAGACAUUUGAAAGGGUGCUGGAGGGACUCUGAGGGCCCAGAAGAUUUGGGGGCAUGAGGGCAUCCAGGCCCCGUUGUGCAAUUUCUUCCCCCGGCUUGAGGUUAAUGUAAAGGAUUGUUUCGUCUUUGGGGUUGGUAGAGUGGAAGCGGUUUCUAGAUGCUGAGCAAGUAUGUGAGAGAAGGGGGAUUGAGAGACAAGAGGGAGCAAUCUAUUAGGUUAAUCAGUCUGCAGAGUAAUAAUGACUGAAUUCUUAAGCAAAUUCUGUUGCAAGGAUUCUGCUCAGUGAGCUCUGAUUUCUUGUUUGCCAGCCUGUAUUGAAAGCUCUUUGAAAACAAAGACUUUUCGUCUUUGUAUUUUCUUCUAAACCAGUGUCUUGAGUAGAGAGUUUUCAAUAAAUAAUUGUUGAAAGAAUGAGUUGGGGGGAAAGGUAAAAGGCCCCAGAGUUGAAAUUUCCAGCAAUGGAACAAGGCUAGCUGAAGACAUGUCCCUAAUUAUUUUUUCCUAGUCCUUAGUUCUAAGAAAUAAUCCUGAGUUGUUGGGCUAGGAGCAGGAAUCCCUGGUUGGGGAGCAGCUUAGUGAUGCUGUUUAAUGAAGGAUCAUAUUUUCUUGUAAAACUUUAGGAAUCUGGACAUCUUUUACAAGACCAAUAAGGUGUAAUUUAUUGGGUGCUUGCUAUGUUCUUAUAAAUUGUAGCCUGUAUUUUUCACAACAGCCCCGUACUUUUAUUGCAGAGAGACCCAAAGCCCUUCAGAAGUUGCAGGGCCAGCAUGUGGAACCAGGCCUAUGGGAUUCAAAAAGUUCAUGUUAGCAGGGCCUGUUACUACAAAAGUGUUAAUUGUGCUUGAAGAAAAAUCUGGGCCAUUUCAUCGAGGCCUGGGAAGCUCUGCCCACAGGCCACAGAGUACAUGCAUGAGGUGCCCUCAAAUCUGCACCACGAAUAGGCAGUGUAAUCUGAUUCCUCGGCUGGCUUCUUCCAUGACACUUUUUUCUCUUUGGGCAUGAUUUCUGGGAUACCUGGGACGGAGGAACAUACCAGUUUGGGCUACAUUUUCCACCUGCUCGUUCCCGGGACCCAGGACACUGAUGGCAGCAAGAGUUACUUGUCACUAGACAGAACUGUUGUGGAAAGAAAGUCUGAAGAAAAUACUGCGAAAGGUGCUCACACAUUCUCUUGGAUCUCUCCCUCUGUGGGAAGCUGUCAUGAUGUGGAGGAUACUCAGGCAGCCUGUGGAUAGGACUGCUUGCUAAGGAACAAAGUGAGCCCUGCCAAUAACCACAUGACCAAAAUGAUUCCAGCUGACACGUGAUAUUUGACUUCCUGGCUCAGUGCAGCUACAGUCAGAGGAGUGGGCAAGUCACCCUAUCAUCUUGGAAAAGGCAAGCAGUUGGACUCUGUGUUUUGAGGGUUGCAAAUGAAAAUCUGUGUAUCAACUAUUGCUAAUGUGAAUAACCAGGUAAGGAAAGGGUUUGAGGGCAGGGUUGAGAACAUAUUUGCAUGGGGCAGACACAGAGAUCAAACUCACAGUAACCCCAGCUGCCUGGGAAGAAGGCCUAAUAUUGGCCUGAAAGUAUUGUAUCUGAAAAGCUGUGACCCUGAGACUUAUGAGACACAUCAUGCCCUCUGUUGGAGAUCGUUGUUGGCCCUUGCAGGACCUGCGCAACCACAGACCUGGAAAAUACAGCUCGUCAAACAGCGACACCAUGUGGCUAUAAGAUGCAGCGACAAGAGUGGGCCAAUGAGACUUCUUGUCUUCCCUUCGGAUGAAGAUCCAAUUUCGGACGUGAGACUCACUGGGUGAUCAUUUCAUUGAGAUCAACUUGAAUGACCAGGUGAAAAGUGCAAGAGGAAUGUGCUAUGACUGAGGUAUGUCUAAUGUGACAGGCAACGUGAAUAUUUUUUCUUGCCAAUCUACUUCUUCUGAUUUUAUAAAAGAUACUAUAUCUCCAGCAGCCCCUAAAGCCUAGGAGUCCAGUAAAUCAUCAAACACACUCAUGACUGAAAAACAGCGGGAAGAAGCAGAAUGGGAAAGCAUAAAUGUCCUGUUGAUGACGCAUGGCUUAAAACCUUUAUCUCUAGUCAAAAGAACUGAUCUUAAAGAUCUCAUCAUUUUUGAUAGACAGUCAUCACAAAGGAUGAGGCACAAUUUGAAAACAUUGGUGGAAGAAACAACACGUCAACAGAACGUGAUCCAGGAGCUCAUAGAAACUAAUCAGCAGCUUAAAAAUGAACUUCAGUUAGAACAAAGCCGAGCAGCCGAUCAUCAACAACGAGCUAAUGACUUGGAACAAAUUAUGGAGAGUGUGAAGUCCAAAAUUGGUGAAUUGGAGGAUGAAUCCCUAAAUAGGGUUUGCCAGCAACAGAAUAAAAUAAAAGAUCUUCAAAAGGAGCAGAAAGCUUUACAGGCAAAAUGUCAGCAUUAUAAGAAAAAACGAAUGGAACAACAAGAGACUAUUGCUUCUUUGCAAAAGGAUAUCUAUAGAUUAACAAAGGAGGAGGAAGAGCGCAUUGUCACUCAAAACAGAGUGUUUGCUUAUCUCUGCAAAAGAGUUCCUCAUACCAUCUUGGAUAGACAGUUGCUUUGCCUAAUUGAUUACUAUGAAUGUAAAAUUAGAAAAUUGCAUAAACAAAGGCAAUAUAAAGAAAAUGAAAGUCCAUCAGAAGAAGAAAAAGACUACAGAAGUUUGGAUGCUUCACCAACUUAUAAAGGCCUUCUAAUGUCAUUACAGAAUCAACUCAAGGAAUCGAAAUCCAAGAUUGAUGCACUUUUAAGUGAAAAGCUGAAUCUCCAAAGAGAUUUGGAAACCAGGCCCACACAGCAUGAAUUAAGACUUUAUAAACAACAGGUGAAGAAACUGGAGAAAGCCCUUAAGAAAAACAUCAAAUUACAGGAUCUUAUCAGUCAAAAAAAGGCAGAGGACCUAGAGAGACCAGAUGAACCCAGUAAAGACAACCAGCAGCAGGCCCUUAUUGACCAGAGAUACUUUCAGGUUCUAAAUAGCAUCAAUUCAAUUGUUCACAAUCCAAGAGCUCCAGUAAUAAUUUAUAAACAGAGCAAAGGAGGAGCCCAACAUUUUAAUAAAGAUCUUGUUCAGGAUUGUGGAUUUGAGCAUCUUAUUCCUAUAAUAGAAAUGUGGGCAGACCAACUGACUUCCCUAAAGGAUUUGUAUAAGUCCUUGAAAAUACUAUCUGCAGAACUGGUGCCUUGGCAUAAUUUAAAAAAGCAGGAUGAAAAUGAAGGUAUCAGAAUUGAAGAUCUGUUGUUUAUAGUAGAUACCAUGUUAGAAGAAGUUGAAAAUAAGGAAAAGGACAGCAAUAUGCCAAACUUAAAAACUUUGCAAGCUAUUGUUUCUCACUUUCAAAAGUUAUUUGAUGUGCCUUCUUUAAAUGGAGUCUAUCCUCGAAUGAAUGAAGUUUAUACUAGGCUUGGAGAAAUGAACAAUGCUGUGAGAAACCUCCAAGAACUCUUAGAAUUAGAUAGCUCGUCCUCAUUGUGUAUGUUGGUGAACACAGUUGGAAAAUUGUGUAGGCUGGUUAAUGAGGAUGUGAAUGAACAGGUUAUGCAGGUAUUGGGACCUGAAGACCUCCAAAGCAUUAUCAACAAACUGGAAGAACAUGAGGAAUUUUUCCCAGCAUUUCAGGCAUUUACUAAUGAUCUACUUGAAAUCUUAGAAAUUGAUGACUUGGAUGCCAUUGUACCUGCAGUAAAGAAAUUAAAAAUACUUUCAUACUGAAAACAAAUCAAAUCAUUUUUACUGUGUAAAUUGCAUUCUUAACCUUCUGAGUAUUUUGUAGGAUUGAUCUUGCUUUGAGACAAGGGUUAUAAAUGUAUUCAUAUUUACUCUCAGAAUUCAUCCCCUUCUUAGUAUUGGGUCCUUCCCAUCUAUAUUUUUAUUAACUUUGAGCUUCUUAUAUAGAAAACAUUGUAAGCUAAAGUGGUAAGUUGACUUUAAGUCCUUUAAACAUUUCUUAAGGAAUUCUUCAGUGCUUAAAGUUUGAGACUGUUUUAAAGUAUAGCGUGUGAGUAAAACAGAAAUUCAGAGGGGUUGCAAAUAAUAAAAUGGUUGUAUUUAAGUUGAGGGUUUAGUGACCUUUUUGAUUCUGGGAACAAGGAUUGCCAGUGGCUUUCUUGAAUUCAGGCAAUAAGUACUGAUUGCUUUCCUGGCAAGGAAAUGGCACAUUCAAUUAAGCUAUCCCUCAUGGCGUUGCUUUUUCAAAGCAGGAGGAAGAAAAGGAAGAAGGAAAAAAUGUUUUAUUGUGUUAGGAUAGAAAAUGAAUUAUGACAUAAUAUAGAUGAGUAGAUAGUAGUCUCUCAUUUAAAAAAGUAUCUUUCUGCAAUCUUGAUGUAAUAUACUUUUUAUAAGGACAUGAAAUCUUAAAUAAAGUUUUUGUGAAGAAUUUCCAAAUAUAAGUGUCCUCAGUGACUUAUUUAUAUUAUGCACAAAUAAUCAUAUUUUCUUACAAGGCUGAGCCUUGCUGUAUUUUAUUUUAUGUAAGAAUACUUUUCUUGCUGCUUUCUGCUCAUUCUCUGUUCUCAGUAUUCAGUCUGAGUUUUUAAGGGACCAGUGUUACUGCACCCUGUCCCUCGCCAUUCUUUUAUAAGUAGCAGGCCUAGGCUCUUUCUAGGUUUAAAAUUCUUUGUUUUGUUAGGCUGCAGUUACAUUUCUAAACUGUAGCCCACAAUUUGUGAAAAAAUCUGUGUCUUUGAGGGUUAAGUAGACAAAGUAAUUGAAUAUUCAAUAAUGUAAAUACUCUGAGUUGAUUAGAUUACUCCAAGAAAUUGCUAUGAGGCGGUUUGUAAAUCUAACGGUAUUUGAAAGGAAGAAAUGUAAUUUAAAAUUUAUGUUAAUUUAAAUUUUGUUAGCUAAUUUAAGAGCCUCUGGUUAGCUCUUAGUUUAAAACAGGUUUUCAAACUCUUCCUCAGAGGCCUCAGAGAUUUUUUGGAGGGUCACUGAGUGGGACAGUGCCACUAGGUGGAAGAACUGCAGACUCUCUCUGUCAGAUCUACUUAUGCCCAGUUUUAAUUAUUUAAAAUAUAAGUAAAGUACUGCAAUUAUCGUUUAGCUCCUUUUUUAAACAUUUUAAUUGAUAUAUAAUUGACUAAUAAGCUGUACAUAAAGUAUACAAUUUGAUAAGUUCUGAUACACACACAUAUAUACCCAUGAAACCAUCACCACAAUCAAAAUACUAAACAUACCUUAUCUCUCCAAAUGUUAUCUCUUUGCCCUUGGUAAUCCUACCCAGCCCCCUCCUACCCCCCUAAGCAACAACUGAUCUGCUCUAGGUCACUAUAGACUUAUUUGCAUUUUAUGGGAUUUCAUGUAAAUGGAAUCAUACAAUUUAUUUUAAAAAGUUGUUUUCUUUUUUUGUCUGUCCUCUUUUACUCAGCGUAAUUAUUUUGAGAUUUUUGCAUGUUGUUUCAUU